AUGCUCCAGUACAUGCUUGGUUUGGCAGCGACUGCUCUCGCAGUCAAAAUUGCUUUAAUGUUCAGGGCUAAACCGGCUGCCCCGGAGCAGCCAGAAGCGGGUGAGUAUAUUAUAACUGUUGAUCGUGAUGAGGUGCCCCGACUAUGUAAUAUCAUCCACGCGAGGGAUCUCUGUGAAUUCGAGACAAUGCCCCGGUACCAAGAUAUAGAUCCAAGAAUCUUUGAAUGGAAGGAACCGCCAGCCUGCAUACUGUUUAUCUCUCAUCGAUGGGAAACUCCAACGCAUCCAGAUGCAGAUGGCGAGCAACUGAAAGCUAUCAUAUUUCUGAUGCAAGCGAUUGUAAAACUCGCUUCGGUUUACGAGCUGCCCCUGGACCAAAGAACAGCGGUUGUUAAGACAUUAAAGGUUCACGGAUACCUUCAAGCUGCGAACAUUGUCAGUAGAGUUGCAGAUAACAUCGGCGGAGUGGACGGAACAGUCUUGGACAAGAUUGGUGUCUGGCUAGACUACAUGUGUCUGCCACAGAAAAGCCCCUCGGGGGUUGAUGAUCGAACACCUGCCAACAAGUUACUCUUUAAAGAAGGACUCCGGCAGCUUCCCUCGCUGAUCGCCUCCUGCGACUUCAUUCUCAGCAUUAGAGACCAGGGAGACGAUUAUAUCCAACGAGCAUGGUGUAUAUCCGAGCUCUGCUUCAUGGACUGGAAGUACCACAAGAAGAGCAUCGUCCUGAGACAAGACCUGCUCAGCCAACCCAUCGACGACCAAAUCCUCAACUCCGAGAGUUUCGAGUCAAGUUAUCUGCCGAGCUACCGGAAGAUGAUCGAAGCAUGGGACAGCAAACCCAGCUUCACUUGGAAUCCCAAUAUGUCCUUCUGCUAUGCCGAAAUCGGACUCGCGGAAUGGGACCGUGUCAGCCAUUUCCGCGACUCAGUUGGACAACGUUCAACGCCUGCCCCGAGUGCCUGGCCAACUCCCUUCUUGACGACCCCCCUUGUGCCACUGAUCUGGCCGCGCCACGAGGACUUUCUGAUGCAAAUCCGAUUCCAUCUUGUUCAAGCCCCUCCACGGAACGUGGAUCUGAUGAUCGUGAUCACUAUGCAGGAGUGCGAGCUGUCUUGCCUCAACAUCCAAGACUACGCCCGCUGUGGCCUCCACAUUUUCCGCGCCCGCAUGGCCGGGCAUCCAGGCUGGAGGAACUUCGCCAAUGACUGCCUCCAUCGAUUGGCCGAUGGGAAGCCCCUCGUCCUUGCCGACGUUCCUGUCCUGCACGUGGAGGGUGCAAUCGACCUUGGCUCUCCGUUGACGUAUCAAUGGGAAACUGAUGAAGGCGUUCUAGAUCUCCAUGCCCAAGCGACGGAGAUAUGGAAGAACUACUUUCAGAUCCAUCAUGACCGAUGUCAGCUCUCAAGGCAAACAGGGGUGCUGCUUAAUGCCAUGAUUUCUCAUCUUGUCGCCGUGUCUAGCGAGUCGAAUCUGCCAUUACCCCCGAGGGUCUGGUGUCUCACAGCCCUGAUUGGGGACGCCAUGAAUGAGGCGAACAUAGCUUCCCAGCAAGAGGAGGAGGAGGCGGUGGGUAGCUUGCCUUCCGUCGCGCGGACCUCAUUGGGUCUGGCCCUCCUGUACGCUAAAUGCCAAGUGAUAUACGAUGUCGAGCAACCUGGGUCCUUCCGUCUGUCAACCUUAUUCCUCACUGCACUUGACCGGUUGAACAGAGACCCUGAUCUAAAUAUCUCGAGGAUGAAGGACUUCGAAUGCGAGUGGUUGGACGAGUAA